AUGGAAUUUCCUCGAGAGCAACACUUUGCCAUCCAGGUGCCUCCGUUGUUCGAUGCCACGCCCACCUCGCUCAAGGAAGACGCCGAAAGGCUCAUAGCUACCACGUUUGCUACAUGGGACUCGGUUGUUUCUGAGAUCCAACCCGAGCAUGCCACCUUUGACAAUACCAUCGUGCCCAUCUUCCAGGACGAGAAUGCCAGGUCGGCGAAAAGACGCGUGUUGUGCUUCUACGCCUCGACGCACCCAUCAAAAGACAUGCGAGAUGCAUCCAACGCCGUCGCAACCCUCUUUAAUGACGCUGAGAUCGAGUCGUUCUCCCGUCAAGAUAUGUUUUUGCGGGUAGAUGAAGUAAUGCGCCAGCAAGAAAGGCGCAUCAGCUCGUCCCUAGAUGCAGAAUCUCUCUAUUACCUACAAAAACUGCAUCGGCGAUUCCACCAAAAUGGCUGUGCUAUUGCUGAGCAAGAGAAACGCAGCGAUUUCAAGGCAAAGAUGAAGCGUCUCGACGACCUAGUUCGACAUUGCAAUAUGGGCUUCCAUGAAGAAAGCUCUGGGAUUUGGCUUAGGCCGGACGAAUUGGAUGGUGUUCCCCAAUGGCAUAUUGACAGACUGAAGCCAGGAGAAGGUGAGAAUUCGAGCUACCUGUGGCUACCGACCAAAAGUCCCUUCAGCGGUCCAGCUCUCAGCUGUGCAACAAGAGAGGGUACUCGAAAGCGGAUGUACUACGCGGUCCAAAAUAGGCUGUCAAAGAAUGCGCUCCUAUUCCGAGAAAUUGUCCUCCUACGUGACGAAACGGCACGGACGCUGGGGUACCCCAAUCACGCCACGCUGAAAACGGCGGACAAGAUGAUGCAAACUCCGCAAGCGGUGGAAAAGCUGCUGUCGGAUUUACGCAGAGCCGUUACUCCGUUAGCAGUGCAGGACAGUCAGGAGCUUCAAGAGAUGAAGCGAGAGGAAGCCGAGGCACGCGGCGCUGAGGUCCAUGAGCUUUACUUUUGGGACGUGUCUUACUACUCACGGCAACGCGACGACAAGGACGCAUCGCUGAAAUCAUCAGUUUCGGAGUACUUUGAAUUGAAUACCACACUCGCGAAGCUUCUGGACAUGAUUGAGCAUCUCUUUGGGGCACGCUUCCGGAAAAUUGAUGUUAAGGGGCGAGCAGUGGGUGAGAGCGCGCUUGUAUGGCACAAAGACGUCGAAAUGUAUUCUGUUUGGGACGUUGACGGGUCCAAGGAGGAGUUUCUUGGGUAUGCUUACCUGGACUUCUUUCCCAGAGAUGGGAAGUACACCCAUAGAGGAUGCUACUCGCUGCAACAGGCAUAUCAAAAGACAAACGGGAGUCGAUUCUAUCCCUCUGCGGCGUUGGUUAUGAACUAUGCCCCACCGUCCGACAGCAGACCGACUCUUCUGGGUCUAUGGGGUGCACGAAAACUAUUCCACGAGCUGGGCCAUGUCCUACAUUCUCUCUUCACCCAGACCAAGUUCGCAGCCCUGAAUGUGGUCGAUCGCGAUUUCGUCGAAGCACCAAGCAGGAUGCUUGAGCGGUUCUUUUGGGUGGAGCGCCACAUUAAGGAAGUCUCCUUCCACUACUCCCACAUCAGCUCAAGCAUGAAAGAGGCUUGGAAAUCGACUAUAGAGGACCGACAUAGAAGCCGUGAUUUAUCCGAGAAGCCCGUGCAAUUGGGCGAUGAUAUAGUUCGCGAUUUGGCUCGAUCUACCGAGGCUGACGCUAUGGAAAACGAGCUCACUUCACUCUUCUUUGCCACAUACGAUAUGCUCGUACACACGCCCGCUUCGCACACAGAGCUGGAAAAUCUCAAUCUGACGGAGCUAUUCAACAAAACGCGUUCUGAUAUCUUUAAGGUUAGUGGCGGGGAGGCAUUAGGGGAAGGCUGGGAAUGGUCGCAUGGCCAAACCACCUUUCGUAACAUCCUGAACCGCUACGAUGCCGGAUACUAUAGCUACAUAUUAGGCAGUGCCUUUGCCUUAGACAUGUUUGACACAGGCUUCAAGAAGGACACGACAAGCCCGGAGGCGGGCCGGAGAUAUCGCGAUAUGGUUCUACGAGUCGGUGGGCGCCAACCCGAAAUGAAGACUCUGACGGACUAUCUUGGCCAUGCACCGAGUCCGGGCCCCUACAUUGCAUGGCUACAGGGCGCGAGAGACCAGAGGACUCAACCCAAUGCAAGCGAGCGCAGUCAUGCUCCACAGUAG